GGCAGUCCGUGUCUUCCGAUUGGUGGAGGGUCAGCGAGACGGUGCCUCUGAUUAGUCAGGCCCCGAAGUGGGUGGCACUGAGCGGAAUUGCGUGGUGAAAAGGAAAGUCAAUCAGGCUCCGAGUCCCGCCUUCUGAGAUUGGCGGGUAACCUAGCAACGCAGAUACCUGCGCAGGUAACGUCAGGUAGGAAAACCUGGAGCCCUCAGAGCAGGAAAACAGAGGCAGGAGACCUGUCCAGUCUGUCCAAGUCUCCCAGGGCCCACCGAGACCGAGAAGGCUGCCUGCAACAUGGCACUAGACAUCCUGGCCGUGGGCGCCCUCUACCAGAGCUCGGAUAUCAGCAAAAUGAGGGUGAUGGCAGAGUCGCCCAAAAAGGGAACUCCCACGCCAAAACCCUUCACCCCCUUGAAGACCAAGCUCACCACCAUCGAGACCAAGAGGAUCAUGUCCGUGCUGGACGAGACCAUCCAAAAGGUGGAGCUAGUGACGCUGCUGUCCUCCGUGGCAGCCAACAUGGAGCUGGAGGGCCUGCUGGGCGAGGAGCUGAGCCGGGCGGUGCGGGAGCACGAGGACCUGUGCCAGGUGCUCAUGAACAAGGUCCGCUACCUGCAGGAGGAGGAGCUGCAGCUGCAGGCCGAGGAGGAGUUCGAGGAGGAGGCCUGGUUCCGAGACCUCCUCCUGUCCAUCGAGCUGCAGAAGUCCAACCUCCUGCCGCUCAUGGGGCAGAUCCGGGACUCCACCAAGAACAUCCUGCGGCUCCUGCUGGGCAACCCGAGGGCGGCCCAGCUCCUGCGGGCGCGGGCGGCGGACCGGGCCCCGGGAGCCCAGGGCUUCGUGGACAGCCUGGUGGAGCUCCGCGGCUUCCUGUUUGAGAAGCUGCUCACCAGCCCCAUGGAGGCCAGGGACAAGGGCCAGUUCAUCCAGGACAUCACCAAGCGGAACAUGCGGAACCAGGAGGUCAUCGACGCGCUGGAGAACGAGCUGGCCGAGAGGAUGAGGAACAGGGCCGCGGAGGUGGAGAAGGAGAACUUUGUGAUCCAGGAGCUGAAGAACCACCUGCACCAGGUGCUCAAGUUCUCGGAGAACAGCCUGACGCGCACCAAGCAGGAGGCGGAGAAGCAGCAGAAGGCGGACUACCGGGCCUCGCAGUCCCGCGUGGCCAGGAUCCAGCAGGACAUCCUGCAGCUGCGCUCGCAGUUCCACAGCCUGGUCAUGGAGAACCGGGAGGCCGAGCAGGCGCUCCGGAAGAAGAAAUAUAAAGUGGAGACGGAAAUCGAGAACUGGAUCCAGAAAUACGACACGGAGAUGACCGAAAAGCAGGAGGAGUACGAGGAGCUGGACAUCAUCCACAAGGAGGAGAAGAUCCAGCUGAAGGAGCUGCAGACGCGGUACGAGGUGCUGGUGGAGGAGUUCUCCCAGAUCCGGGAGGAGCGGGAGAUCAACUCCAAGAAGAGGAUGGAGGCCGAGCAGGACAUGAUGCGCAUGGUGAAGGCGGCCACGCUCAUCCAGGCCGUGUGGAAGGGCUACCUGGUCCGCUCCCUGCUCCGGUCCAAGAGGAAGAAACGGGGCAAGGGCAAGGGCAAGGGCGAGAAGGGCAAGGGCAAGGGCAAGGGCAAGAAAUGAGCCCCGCCCCCGGCCCUGCUCUGAUCCCCUGCACCGCCCCCUCCCAGAGUGCCGGCCGGGAGGCCCCCGGGACCAGGAAGCCCCGCCAUCAUGGCUCUCCUACCUUUUUCAGAAUUAAAAGCCAUUUCAAACCACUUCCUGUGAAUAAGCCUUUGACCCAGGGUGGUUGGCCGUGGGUGUCCGUGCCUGUAAACGCCGUCCCCAGGAGGGGAGCGUGCAGGGUGUCAGCACUAACCAUUCCUCUUUGCUCCCAGACCGGAAGCUGCCAAGGCCACGAUGGACACGUGGUGUCCAGGGCUGCCCACGGAGGGGAGGGUGAGGGCAGGCAGCGCUCCGGCAGCACCGGCUUCCCUGCCCUCAGCCCCGCUCCGGGGCUGCCCAUUGGCCCACAGCCUCUCCCGCACAGCGCUGUGAGCUCAGAGCCCCAAGAUCACAGGCCAGCAGCCGCCACAGGCUUUAUGCGGUGUCCAGGUAGUUGGACAAUGUAUCUUUUUAAAAUUCACUGCUGGGACUUAAGGUAUUUAAAAAAAAAAAAUCGGGGACCCUCACACACAAAUCCAGCUUCCUGCCUUUUCUGGAAAAAUCUCACCAACCAGGUUCCCAGGGCUCUUCCGGAGCUGAGCUGAGCUGAGCUGCAGCUCCCCAUGGUUAGUGGCAGCAGCUGAAGCUGACGGAGGAGGCCCCAGUGGGGCUGGAGGCCUGGGUUCCGGGACUUCAGGCCCGGACUUC